AUGGCAUUUGAGGCUCUUAGUGAUGAGAAGUUAGCCAAGGUCUUUUUGACUCUUCAAGCUGUCAUGCGGUUGGAUGCGAUGGGACGUGCAGGCACACUGACGGAGAAUUUGUCCUGUUCUGUGUCACUUCUCGUCGCUGCCAGCCUCCACUACCAUUAA